AUGAACAACAUGUCUUCCCAGAAUUUAACCAAACUGCCUGAUAAGGAAACAGGCACACAAAAUCGUCCACAACGUCUCUCGUAUGCUAAAGCUACACGUCGUCCUUCGCUCAUUCGUGAUUCUUUGAAGACACCUACAGGUCGUAAAUCGGCUACACACUCCAACGUGUGGAAAGUAGGCGGCUCACCAGCUUGUCCCAGCUUGUUUUUUGAUUUCACCUCUCGACCCAACACCGUGCUGAAAUACUUCGUCAUAUCAACAGCAAGUUUCCUAACAACUGUGGAGUACGCCUCCACUCUGAUCACGCACGUCGCAUUGUCGAACUCUUUAUCGCCGACAAAAGACUAUAGCAAAAUCAAGUUCAUGGGUAUCAGCUUCCCUGACAACCAAUGUAUUUUACCUUCGAUACCUCUUCUCCUGAUGCUCGCCUUGUACACCUUCAGCUUAGUGAUCUACCCUUUACCACAAGGGACACGUUAUCAAAUGGUAUUCAAGAAGUACUUUCCGACUAUGGCAACGUCCUCGACUAUGGUAUCCUUCGCGAUUAUGAUUCUCACCUCUUCAUGGGCAAAGGCUAUGCCACUCUGGAAAUUAAUAAUGCCAAAUCUGGUACAACCCGAUUACGCCACACAGUUGCAUGGCCCAAUUCAGACGACCUGUUUCAUGUUACGUGGGCAGAAAUGCCGCUCCAUUGCCUUCAUUGCCAUCAAGCUGGUCACGCUACAUCUGCAUGCCCUAAUCGUGCUACUCGUUCUCGUGUUUGUUACCGGUCAUGUGGCUGCACAGGCCAUCGCGCCGCUAAGUGUCUCAACCGUAAACCCAAACCUGAUUCAUCCAGUCCUACGACACCACCUAUGCCUCAUUCACCUUCGUCGCAAUCUGCCAACAGCCAAACGUCUGAUAUCUCCGAUGAAAACGAACUUCGAUCUAUCGUCUAUUGAAAGCUAUAACGACAAUAUCAUUAACGAGUACAUACCUGAUAAUUUCGAUGACAACAUGCUCUUGCCGACGCCACAAUUCACCUCCGGGCUCCUUCGCCAUAUUCACGAUACCCAAUUCUAUGUCUGA